AUGGCUGCCUGGAAGAGAUACCUGAUCACGUUCCUGCUGUUCGCAUUGUUCGUAACAGUUGCACUUGCGUCCGAGGACGAAGAUUCAAGUUCGGGAUCAACGGACUCGACACAAACCCUGAACGCAAACAAGGCGGGAGCCAUUUUCGUUUUCUUCGCGUGCAGCUUUCUCGGCGUAUGGCUUCCCUACUUCAUUCCGGUCCACCAGCUCAUUCUCAAGUUUGGAAUUCUCUUCUCGACCGGUCUCUUCAUCGGCAUGUCUCUACUCUAUCUCGCAGUGGAGACAUUCGAGGAGAUGGAAGAGCUCGCUGGAAAAGAUUACCCGUACGGAAUGCUGGUCAUUGUGAUGGGUAUCUACCUCACAUGGCUCUGUGACCUGAUUGUGAAGACCAUUUGGCGGAAGAGAUCCGGCGGAUCCUUCGAAGAGAAGGAAGAGGAGCUGGGUCCAACAGUUGCUGGCGCCAUGGGUGCUGGCCAGACCAAGGUGGUCGACGCAGACUCGGAGAAUCAGAAGCAAAUCGACGUGCAGGCGCUUUCCAUCGUAGACGUCAUCGUUGUCCUCUUCGCCCUCUGCUUCCACGCCUUCUUCGAGGGCAUGGCUGUCGGCCUCGCGUCUACGGUUCAGCGAGUUUGGACCAUGACUGCUCAGAUCGGCGUCAACGAGUUUUUCGAGGGCAUGGCGCUUGGAGUGACUCUCCGCGUUCAGGACACGUCCCGCUCGUGGCUCAACCACCUGCUCUUUGCCAUCGGAGCUUCCAUUGUCGCUCCCACUGGAAUCGCCAUUGGUCUCGCUAUUGAUUCAGCAAGCGGCAAGGAGGCUCGGAACUGGGUGAAGGCCUUUGGAAACGGCAUGGCGGCUGGAGUGUUCAUAUUUAUUGCUCUUGGUCAUUUGCUGGCCAAGGGCAUGAAGCCAGGAGCCAAUGAUAGAUGGUGGAUGGUGUUUGUCAAGUGGUUUGUGGCAGGGCUUGGUGUCAUGACCAAUGCCCUACUCCAGCUCUGGGGAGAGAGCUGA